CCGCGCGCGGCUCCCCGGACCGGAAGUGGAGUCGAACCGUCGCGGGGCGUGCCUGGCCUUCCUCAACGCCCGGCAGUCCCCGCUGUCGCCGCCGCCCUCGGCUAUUGCCGAGGCUUCCCGCAGCCGCCAUGUCCGCCAGUGCUGUCUACGUGCUGGACCUGAAGGGCAAGGUGCUCAUCUGCCGGAACUACCGCGGUGAUGUGGACAUGUCGGAAGUGGAGCACUUCAUGCCCAUCCUAAUGGAGAAGGAGGAGGAAGGGAUGCUGUCGCCCAUCCUGGCUCACGGUGGGGUCCGCUUCAUGUGGAUCAAGCACAACAACCUGUAUCUGGUUGCCACCUCCAAGAAGAAUGCAUGCGUGUCACUCGUGUUCUCAUUCCUCUAUAAGGUGGUGCAGGUGUUUUCAGAGUACUUCAAGGAGCUGGAGGAGGAGAGCAUCCGAGACAACUUUGUCAUCAUCUAUGAGCUGCUGGAUGAGCUCAUGGACUUCGGCUACCCCCAGACCACCGACAGCAAGAUCCUGCAGGAGUACAUCACUCAGGAAGGCCACAAGCUGGAAACGGGGGCCCCUCGGCCCCCAGCCACCGUCACCAAUGCCGUGUCUUGGCGGUCUGAGGGCAUCAAAUACCGGAAGAAUGAGGUCUUCUUGGACGUCAUCGAGUCAGUCAACCUCUUGGUCAGUGCCAAUGGCAACGUCCUGCGCAGUGAGAUCGUGGGCUCCAUCAAGAUGCGGGUCUUCCUGUCAGGCAUGCCCGAGCUGCGCCUGGGCCUCAACGACAAGGUCCUCUUCGACAACACGGGCCGUGGCAAAAGCAAGUCAGUGGAACUGGAGGACGUCAAGUUCCACCAGUGCGUGCGGCUCUCCCGCUUCGAGAAUGACCGCACCAUCUCCUUUAUCCCACCCGACGGCGAGUUCGAGCUCAUGUCCUACCGUCUCAACACCCACGUCAAGCCCUUGAUAUGGAUCGAGUCAGUGAUUGAAAAGCAUUCCCACAGCCGCAUUGAGUACAUGAUCAAGGCCAAGAGCCAGUUCAAGCGGCGGUCGACGGCCAACAACGUGGAGAUCCACAUCCCGGUGCCCAAUGACGCUGACUCGCCCAAGUUCAAGACGACGGUGGGGAGUGUCAAGUGGGUCCCCGAAAACAGCGAGAUCGUGUGGUCCAUCAAGUCCUUCCCGGGCGGCAAGGAGUACCUGAUGCGGGCCCACUUCGGCCUGCCCAGCGUGGAGGCCGAGGACAAAGAGGGCAAGCCCCCAAUCAGCGUCAAAUUCGAGAUCCCCUACUUCACUACCUCUGGCAUCCAGGUGCGUUACCUGAAGAUCAUCGAGAAGAGCGGCUACCAGGCCCUGCCGUGGGUCCGUUACAUCACUCAGAACGGAGAUUACCAGCUCCGGACCCAGUGAGAGGACAACACCCCACCUCUGGUGUGGGGGCUCCUGCUGGAGGCUCUGGGAGGAAGGCCUGCCAAGCCCGCCUGAAGGAGAAGGGCACCCCAACACUGGCCACCCUGGGAGACACCUCCUCCUCCAGGCGCACCUGCUCUGCCAUCACCACUCACUUCCAAAGCCCCUUCUACCAGGAGACGCUCAUCUUCCAGACGUCCUGUCUGUUUGCCCCCCUCUCACCCCCGAGUCAGUCGGGGGGAAGGAAGUGAAGCCUUUCCCCCCAGAAGUCACGUGCUGUUCAGCUCCCUGGCGCCCAGAAGAUCGAGAAACCCCUUGCCCGGCUGCAAGGCCGCACUGUCUGCUCCCACGCUGUGGUUUACGAGUGCCUGGGGUUUGUCUUCUCCCUCCCUCGCCAUGUGGGAACCUUGUCUGCGCCCCCCUCCUCGUCCUGAAACUCUGGGACAGCACUUAGUGGGGACAGGACACCCGCCCCCUGCUCUCCUCCCUCCCGGGGUGGGCCUCCCUCCACGUAGGGCCCGAACCCAGCACUUUGGCCUCUGGUGGCUCCUGGCCUGGACCCACUGGCUUCAACGAGUCACCUCCCCAGGGCCAGCCUGUGCCACACGAUGCUGUCAUGCAGCCACAUCAGUGUUUGUCCCAUCCGGGGAGGUGGGUGUAGCAAGGGCCGCUGGCCUUGGAGGGUGGGGGGCACGGGCCAUCCACAGCUGUGCUUGGUUACCUCCCCCAUCUGUGUUCGUGUCAUAAUUACAUUAAAUUUCAUUAAUGAAACCUG